CGCACGGCGCUCCGAUAUAUAUAUCCGCGCGGUAAUAAUCAAAAUUGAGAAAUACCCCUGACACAUCAGUGACAGUCCAUCAGAGAUUACGCAAUCUUGAUUCUUGAGUUUCUCUUUCGGAGCAUAAAUUGAUGAAGCACCAUGAGUAAGAAUCUACGAGGCGUGAACUACCAAUAUGUCAGUCAGCAGUCAUUCAAUGCAAAGUCUGGCAAGACCUUCAGCAAGAUCAAUGUUGUCGAUGGAAUACAGGGUCUAAGAGCCAAGGAAUCGGAGCCCACUCCUACCGAUGGUGGUGUGAAUCCCAUCAUAGCAAAGGCCAACCCUAAGGAUGUCCCUAGGGAUCUCAUCCAUGGCUUUGUCUCGGGCAAGAAAAACCCUGUCAUGGCGUUCAACGAGUUCUGCCAGUUGCAGCGCCUUAAUCUGACCUUCGAGGAGGUUGUGCCUGAAGGAACGAUGGGGAUCAUCACCUGCAACUAUGCGAUGGUAGCUAUAGUGGAUGGAACCAGGUUUCCACAAGGAAAAGGCAGGACCAAGAAAGAUGCCAAGGCAGCAGCAUCUCGGAUUGCAAUGAGAGCAUUUCUUGGGAUGGAUGACGAAGAAGCCGAUAGACGAGAUGCCAAGGGGGCCAGGGAAGCCAAUGCUAUUGUGGUUGAUGAUGAACCGAUUGCUCCACGUCCAAGGAGAACAUUUGGUGCCUCUGCACCAAGCGAUGAGCCUUUGGUCCAUGGAGGUGGCGGUGGACAUUAUCAGAUGAAAUAUGAGUCGGCCAGGCUUCCUUCAAAAGACAUGUGGAAAGUCCCAGAGAAACAGGAAUCGUUCAUGGAAUACCAGCUCAGGAAGCAGGCACAGCCAAAUCAACAAAUGGCUGCUGAUAGUUCUGGGGACAAUGCAAGAUCAGCUUCAGGGCCAGCAUCACAGCAGCAAGCAGCUCCUUCUCUUCCAACCAACUCUUCCUCUGAAACCGUGAGAGUCCCGCAGAGUGUCCCAAUGGCAGCACGGGCCUGGUCCGGUCAGCCCCGUAUGCCCAGCCAACCAGGACCUGGUCUUUCGCAGACCAACAGUGUCCCCCAACAGCAGCAGCAGUUACCACCUUCAACACCUACCCAGCAACAACAUAUGCAACCUUCUGCACCGACUUUUCCACGCGGUCAAGUACAGCAGGGCGGAGGAUACAGUAGCAGUCAGUUGGAUGUAGGUGGAACAAGCAGAGUUGCCGAUAAUAUUGCAUCAGUUGCAAGGAACAUUCCCAGAGUUGGACCCUCAUUCCCUGGAUCUGGAAGUACUGGACUUUCUCCGUCAUAUGCUGCAUUUGUCAUGAAGUUGGGGCCAGAAGAUAAAGGAAACCUUGUGGCCUUGGGGACGGGGGAUGGUGUAUCUUCUGGAGCUACUAUCACUCAAGAUGGCAGGACUAUUCUGGAUUGUCAUGGAGUUACUAUCGCCAGACGAGGCCUUCAAAGGUAUUUGUACCAGCAGCUGAAGUUCUUUUUUGAAGGUGACAUUCAGAAGACAAUAUUCGCUGGUCAACAAGGAAGCCCUCUUGUGUCCUUGAGAGAGAAUGUCACAUUCCAUCUAUACUUGAAUCAAGCACCUGUUGGUGAUGCUGCCAAGUAUUUAAACCAGCCGAGCAAUGACCCAAUGCUGGGUGCAGGAGGAGCUUUAUGUUCUGUCAACUCUCACAUUGGGUUGGAUGGAAUUAUGAGAGAGGGUGCAAUACAUUUCAUGUCAGCUAGUGAUAAGCUAUUGAGAUGGAAUGUGCUUGGUGUUCAGGGUGCCUUACUGAGUCACUUUAUCCAUCCUAUCUACUUGGAAUCAAUCACCCUUGGAAGCAUGUAUGACCACGGUCACCUAACAAGGGCGAUGUGGGGCCGAGUGGAUGACAGCCUCACGGGAACACUUCCUUCAGGCUUUGAACGCCACCAACCUCUUCUUGCUGAGGUGUCACAACCUCUUAAAAUCCAAAAUGGCCUCCAGCCAGGAAUCAGUGUGAAUUUCUCCAACGGGGACAGCAUGUACGAAGUCUUGGACUGCGGUAAAGGACGAGCACAUCAGAUAUCUCCAUUCAAGAGUGGUCCCCAUGCAGCCAGUCGGCUGUGCAAAGCAGCAUUCUACUUCCGAUUCCGCAGCACUGCCACCCUUGCCAAGAGAGACGAUUUGAUAUCCGCAUCCACCUACCAAGAGGCAAAGGAUUUGUGUGCAUGUUAUCAGCAAGCCAAGCGACUUUUCAAAAUGCAUUUGGAGGGAAAAGGUUAUGGACACUGGUUUACUGCACCAAAGGAUGUCAACCAGUUUGCCAAGUAGAGUACGAUAAGGCAGA